AUGCUUCAAUUCUAUUUUGGAUUAUAUGGAUUAGCUAUCUUUUUAUGUUUUCUUGGGUUUUUAUAUGCUUUAAUUGAAAAAGCAUAUAAACAGUUAAAAAUUAAUAUAAACAAAUCUCAUUUAUCAAAUUAUUCUGAAAUCAUUUCAUUCAAUUCAAAUCAAAAUAGUACAACUCAUAAAAAGAUUUCAAGUAUCAUUGAAAAGGUUGAACCAAACAAUUUAAUGGAUACAAUGAAAACCAAUGAAAUCUUUGAAAGUUCUUAUAAUCAAGAGAAUAAUGAAAAUCAACUCAAUGAUUCAGAUAUAAGUACACCAACUGAAGAAAUGAAAACAAUAAUAAAUGGAAAAUACAUUGAAAAUAAUCAUGAUCAAACUCAUGCUAAAUUAGGUAUAUCAAUGAAAUCAUUCACUGAUCGUCGACAAGAACGUCGUAAACAUGAAUAUGAUACUGGAAAUACACUUAUAGAAGAUUCAGAUGAGACAACAAAUGUUAGCAAUUGUUCAAUGUUAUCAGAUAAAUUAAGAAAUUCAAUACAAAUAACUAAUUUGGAUAAUGCUGAAACUGACAAUAUUAAUCAUAACGAUAUUAAUGCAAUGGAUAAAACGGAUUCUUUAGAUGAUUUAUUAGAGAAAAAUAUUCAAUUCUGUGAAGAAACUUGUGAACUAGGCUUAAAAGACUGUUUAUUAUUAGUACCGAAAUACACUACAAUUGAUUCAACAGAAUAUAAACAAUCUAUUAAUAUAACAACAAUAUCAACAGAAAUGAAAGAAGGUCAAGUUAAUGGAAAUCAAUCGACUAUUCCAAAAAAGAAUCCAGAUUCAAAUAUGAGAUCUAAAAUCAAUCCUGAUCGUGAAAGCAAUUCACCGAGUAUUGCUUCAGACAUACCGAUUCCAAAGACGAGACGUUUAUCUUUACGCUCUAAGCGCAGUUUUGACUGUUCAUUUGAAUUAUGGGAUGAAAAUUAUUUCUCUACGGAACGGAAGGUAUCUCAACUUGAAGGUGUUCAUUAUGCAGCUUUCAAUGUAAAUAAAGAAAAAAGAGAAAGUUCACCUGAACUAGUCAAUUUAAUCGAAGAUCAACAAGUAACUUGUUUAGAUGCAGAUAAUCCAGAUAAUUGGGUUGUACGUGUUCAUCCAUUUUUACAAAACGCUAGUAGUUUCAAUAAACAAACUAAAAAGGAUAAUACACUUACCGAUUCACAAACUAUAGAUGAAAAUGAUACUAAUAAUUUAGUUGAAGUUAUUGUAUCAAAUUCACAAGAAUCUCAAAGAACCUGUGAAGAAAUUAAAAAGAUUGGUCGUGCUAAAGCUGUUUGUUUAACACGAAAUUUAAAAAGUGCACAACGUGGAAAAAGAAAUCCAAGAGAAUCUUUCAGAGAAGAUGUUAUUAGUUUCUCAAAUAAACAACAAGAAUCUCGAAUGAAACUAAGGUAUACACUAACUGAGCUCUGUGAUACUGAACUUGAAUAUUCCAGAGCACUGAGACAAUUGUCUGAUAUAUUAGAUUCAUUAAAUGGCAAAAUUAUUUUGAACUACUCAGAUAAUUCAGAGAAAAUUCUCGAUUAUCCUAAAUCAAUUAGUGAUAAUAUUAAAGGUCUUCAAGAUACUCUGAAAAGAAUUAUUCAAUUUUGUGGUAUGUUCUUGGAAAAAUUGCCUUUGUACUCAUCUGAUCCAGGAAAAUCUGCUGAAUGUUUUACAAAAACUCCCGAACGUUGGUAUGAUUAUACAUUAUUCUUUAUACAUUCGGAUUAUUUAAUAAAUCAUCUUACACAAAUCAUUUCAAAUGAUAUUGAAAUAUCAUUUAGUCUUUCUAUUACAGAUUCUAUACAAAAAUCAACAAUUUUAAUAAAUGAUCAAAUGGAUACAUCCAUAACAACUAAUCAUUCUAAUAAUAAUAUUUCUCUAAGAAAUUUUUUAGAUUUUUUAAAUAUACCAAGAAAACGACUAAAUGUAUAUAAUGGAUUAUUAAAAGAUAUAACAAGAUAUAUUGCCUAUGAUAAUACAUUAAUUAAUAAUCUUGAAUUAGCCAUGAUUUAUAUAAGUAGAGUACAAAGAUGUUCAGAGGAAUUUAUAUAUUUUUGGUCAAAAGUUGAUAUAAAUUUCAAUCAAAUAUUUAAUAUAGAAAAAUUAGAUGAGAAUAGAUUAUUAUUAUUAUUAUUUGAUGAAUGUAUACCACCGCCAAUUAUACGAAUAACGGAUAUUAAAAUCGGUCAACAUAAAAGUAUUCAACUAGAUCAAAACGAAAUGAAAAUGGAAAGAUUAAUUCUUCUACCUGAUCAUUUAUUAUCACUUAAAAAAGCCAAUGAAAAUAAUUCAGUUUAUUGUUGGAAAGUGAAUAGAAUAAUUAAUCUUGAUGAACUUCGUAUUGGUGAAUAUGGCAACGAUGGAAAUGAUGAAACAUCAUUUGAAUUAUGGAAUAUAUCAGGCGAAGCUCCAAUUAAAUUAGUUUUUCGUAUCACUUGUCCCAACAUUAUUAGUCGUAAUGCAUGGGUUGAAGAUAUAAGAUACGCAAUCAAAGAAAAACUUAAUAACUCUAUAGAAGAUACAAAUAUACCAAAAUCAAUUGUCGGUUCACAUAUUGAAGCAUAUUGGAAUUCAAAGAAACGUUUCAGUGGAAUAAUGGAACUUCCAUCGUGUCCUAGUGAAUCUAUCAGUGAAAUGUAUUUUGAUGCAAUGGAAAAUGUUCAACAAAUUAAUUCUCAAAAUGUUCAUGCAUCACAGCUAUCACAAAUAGAUAAAUGUGAAGUGAUUAAAACUUCAUUUAAUCAAAAAUCUACUUCAUCCUCAUCGUAUUAUACUGCUGAGGAACCAAUAGAUGAGAUCGGAAAAGAUCAAGCUCCAUCUACAAAUCUGUUCGAAUCUUAUUCAACAUUGGAUGGUGUACAGACUCCAUUUUCAGAGGAUCAACAAUCUCUUGCAGACUUCCAAAUGUCUCCUGAAAAUCGGGGAAAUCAAACUCAACCAUUAACAACUACAUCUACCAAUAUGACAGGAACUGAUACUUUAGCUAAACAGUUAACGGUUAAUGCUGGUGAACAAAUUCAGUUCAAUGCAUCAUUCACUAUUACUGGUCCAGUUGCUUAUGAAACAACUUGGUAUAUGAAUGGUGAACCAAUGAAACCUGAUAUAGGUGCUGAAAUGAUAUUGUCGGACCGUGAUACUCGUUUACUUAUAUCAAAUGCUGAUCCUUUGAUACAUUCAGGAACAUAUUCAUGUCGUUGUCGUCUUUUUGAGGGCACUGAAACUGCUGUUUAUUUUUGUGUUAAUAUACUAACAGCCAAACUAGAUCGCAAUGAUACAAAUGAUAAUGAAUCAGAUCAGCUGAAACUAACAAAUUUUAUACAGGCUGAUUUAUUUCAUCCAAUUACCAAAGAAUUAGAUUUACCAAUAGGUAAACUUUUAGAAAUUCAAGUUAAGAUUGAUGAAGAAACUGUAUUGAAACAAAUGGAGAAUAAUAAUAAGGAAAAUAUUCAAGUUAAUUGGUAUCAAAACUCAACACUAAUUGAACCUAGUUCAACGUGUGAAAUGCUCAAAAUUAAUGACCAGUUUAUUUUACGAUCAACUACAAAUAAUUUACAACCUGAUAAGUUAUACAACUACACAUGUAUGUUGAGACUGCCCGAAAAUUCUUCUAUGUCUCCAGCACCAAGUAUCACCAUACCGGUAAGUUUUCAUUGUCCAACAGUUAAAGAAUUAGAAACUGAAUUCAAGAAAUGUAUCGACAAAAAUAAGGCAACAGUCGAAAAUAAUCGAAUCUUUGAAGUCAAAUUAGGAGAGGAUGAUGCAUUUCAAUUAAAUGUACCUAUUCAACAUGGUUCUCACGACCAAGAUUUUGUCGUAUGGUGGACACAUGAAGAUGAACUUUUGACAGGUGAUCAUUUACCGUCGAAAGAAAGUGAGUAUAAUUGUUCACUUGAGCUCAGUAAACAGUCGAACGAAAUGAUAGCCAAACUUUCUAAAACUCCAACAGGACUUAACGAUUGUGGUAUAUAUAAAUGUUGGACUGUUUCACAAUCAUUGAAAGGUAAUAUCGUUGGGUGUACAAAUGUUGCAGUAACAGUGAGACAAGAGGAAGCUACACUGAGUGAAAAGUCAAAUGACAAAGAGAAGGAAAAAGAAGCGAAGAAUUUACAGGGAGAUAAGAUAAGUAUGGUCGAUGGGGUUGAAACAAACCUUCUUAAUAAGGAAGACGAGGAAAUAAACCAGGAGGUGCCCUCAAUGAAAAAGGAAGAGGAAGAAAAGAAGAGGAACGCAGAAAACAUUUUCAAGCAAGAGAAGCAAGAUUUAAAGAAAGAGGAAAGCGAAGAGACGAAAAGAAAAGAAGAAAAGAUCGUUAGACUGAGACGAGACGAAGAAGAGGCUUCAAAGAAACAGGUGGAGGAAGAAGGAAAGAAUAAGGAAGUAGAGGAAACUGCGAUGAAGCGAAAGCAGAAAAAAGAUGCUGAGAGCAAACGAAAAGAAGUUGAAUUGAGACGAAAAGAAGAAGGGAUUGCAAAAAUGGAGGAAGAAGAGAUUGAUAGGAAACGAAAGGAGGAAGAAGAUGCUGAGAGUAAACGAAAAGAGGAAGUUGAAUUGAGACGAAAAGAAGAAGAGAUUGCGAAAAUGGAGGAAGAAGAGAUUGAAAGGAAACGAAAGGAGGAAGAAGAUGCUGAGAGUAAACGAAAAGAAGUUGAAUUGAGACGAAAAGAAGAAGAGAUUGCGAAAAUGGAGGAAGAAGAGAUUGAAAGGAAACGAAAGGAGGAAGAAGAUGCUGAGAGUAAACGAAAAGAAGUUGAAUUGAGACGAAAAGAAGAAGAGAUUGCGAAAAUGGAGGAAGAAGAGAUUGAAAGGAAACGAAAGGAGGAAGAAGAUGCUGAGAGUAAACGAAAAGAAGUUGAAUUGAGACGAAAAGAAGAAGAGAUUGCGAAAAUGGAGGAAGAAGAGAUUGAAAGGAAACGAAAGGAGGAAGAAGAUGCUGAGAGUAAACGAAAAGAGGAAGUUGACUUACGACGAAAAGAAAGGAAAGUUACCAAGAUGAAGAAAGAGGAGGCAGAGUCUGAUAAGAAGCAAAAGGAUGGAGAGAUUGCCGGGAUAAAGAAAGAGAAGGACGAAGUAGAAAAAAGACAACAUAAAGAGGAGGAAGAUGAGAGGUUAGCUAGCCAUAAGGCAGACAAAGAAGAACCAAUAACAAAGACAAAGAAAGAUGAUAUGGAAGGUAAAGAAGGCAGCAUGAAUAAAACGGAUGGAGAAGGAUAUAAAAAAGAGAGUAAAGAAGGGAAGGAUGAAAAGAAGAAGAAAUUAGUACCAACGAAGGACCAAGCGGAAAACGGAAUGAAAACGAAGCCAGUCGGAGAUGUUGAAUUUAAGCCUGAAUCAGAAACAUCUCAGAAGAAGAAUAUCAGGGGCGUAGCAGAACAAACAAAAGACACAGGACAAGGGGAAGAAAUCAAAACGGUCCUAGAAACCGAUUCCGAAAUGAAGAGGGUAGUUGGAGAAUUUAAUAGGGGAGAAAAAGAUAGUGAAGAAAAUAAAGUGGAUGUUAGAGUAGGUGACACAGCUGAGUCACUCAGUGACGAGGAGAGAGAAAAAGGAAAGAAUAAAGUGGAGAAAUCCGACGAAAUACAAACUUUAGAUAAAGGUAAAAAGAGAAGGGGAAGUAGAUCGACUUGGAAGGAUGACAAUAAGGACAGUGAAAAGCUAGUUGGUCAAAUCACAGUGGAAAAUGAAGUGGAUAGAACAAAGCAAACGCUGGAAAAAGAAGAUAAGUUAGAUGACCAAAAUCAGAAGGAAGUAAUCACUAGUGAAGCAGAAGAAUUCCCGGAACACCAUGAUGAAAAAGACAAGAAUAAGACUGAGACAGUGAAAGCAGUACACAAUCAAAUUACAAUAGAUUUCAACAAUUCAGAAAGCACAACAUCUCAAAAUAAACAAACUUUAAUUGAUCAGGUAACGAUCAGUGGAUUAGAACUUAAAUCAGUUAAAAAGGAUAAAAAGAAAGAGAAAGAUGGCGAGACUGGCCACGAGACUAAAAAGAAGAAGAAAAGUGACGGAAAGAUAGGAAUGGAUAAUACUGAAUCGAUUGUUAAUACAGAAUAUCCAACAGAAAAUCAUGUGAACAACAAACUAGAAUCAUUUAAGGAUUAUCAACAAAUUAUUACAGAAUCAUUUCAGAAGCCACAACGUCGAGAAAGUAAGGCAAAGAAGCAUGGAAAAGAUACAAAGAAGAAUAGAUCAGUUGCUGAUACUACUAGUACUACUACUACUACUACUACUACAGGAAAUGAUGAAGAUCUAGCUAAAGAUUACAUAAAAAACAAGGAGGAAAACGAACCGAAAACACAGAUGAACCUGGUUGGAGUAGAAAUUGGCAAAAACAAUCAGGAAGUACUUGAUACGAUGCAAACAACCGAUGCUUUACAGAAUGAAGCAGAAAAUAGAGAACAACAAUGGAAAGAGGAAAAGAAAAAGAAACGAGAAAAAUCGAAAAAUGUUGAUAAGGAAAAUGAAGAUAAUUAUGUUAGCACUACAAGGCAAUCAAUAGUCGGCGAACAAGAUCCAAACAAAAUAGAACUGAUUAAGGACCAGAAACAAGUAGAAAAACGUAAGAAGUAUCGAAAAUCAAUAACAGAAGUUGAUAAAAAUGACGUACGGUGUGAACCAUUAAAAGCUGAAGAAAAAUAUAUGGAAACCAACACUAUGGUUGAUGACCAAAGUGAAGAAAAGAAAAUCAAAGAAGAAUAUAAGGAUUUAAAAUUAAAUAACAGUGAAAAACAAGAUAUUCUUAAUGACCAAUAUAAAACAAAUGAAUAUGAUACUGUUUAUUUAUCACCAAUAAAAGAUCUUGAUCAUGAUCAUGAAGAUGAUAAUAAUAAUAUUUUUUCUACUGAAUUAUUAUCAAAAUAUAUUUGUAAACAAGGUGAAACAUUGAAAUUAGCUGUUGAAUUAAAAAAUAAUGUAUUUGUUAAAUAUUUUGAAUGGUUAGUAAAUGAAAAAAUGAUUGAUCCUGAAUCAACUGCCGAUUUUGUUGUAUGGCAAACUGGUAAUUGGAUUGCAUUGACAAUACCAAAUGUUAGACCAGAUUUAACUGGAACUUAUAAACUACGUGUUGUUACUCCAUCUGGUGAAUAUUAUACAACAGGUGAUCUGUCAGUGAAUGGACAAAAACUACAAACGAAACCAUAUAUCCCAUCACAAGUAGAAGGACUUAAACCAUUAUUUACCAAGAAACUUCAAGAUUACACCGCUGAAGUGAAUGAAACGGUUAGAUUUAGUGGACGUUUAGUAGCUGAGCCACCUGCCACAAUUAUUUGGAAACAUAAUGGUAUUCAAAUUGAAAACAACAAAAGAAUUGAAAUCUAUAAUGAUAAUAUUAAUCCAUUACUUAUUAUACAGAAUGUAAAAGAUGAAGAUUAUGGUGAAUAUAUAUGUUCUGCAUCAAAUAUACUUGGUCAAACUGAAACAAAAGCAGUUUUAUAUAUACAAAGUACUUUAUAUGAACCCAAUAGUUACGAGCAUGAUACAGCUGAACCGUACGAGUCUACUGCUAGACCAACACGGUGUUCAGUUUUGCCGUCAAGAGUAAGUAAUAUUGAACUAAUUGAAGUAGACGAUGAUGGUUUCAAGAUUGCCUGGGAUCCACUAAAUGAACAAGUGACAUAUAAUGUGGAAAUUAGUAAUGAUGCAGGUAGAUGGUGGAAACCUGUACUAACCAACUUACACGAAGUUUCAGCUUACAUCUCAAACGACAUUGCGUGUCCUUUGAAUCCCGUACAAGUAAGGAUAGUAGCUGAAAAUGAAUUUGGCCUUGGACCACCUUGUUUCCCGGUACUUCGUUUACCUAUACGAGCAUGUCUUCCUCACAUGCAAGCAGUUAAACCAGAAGUUGAAUCUGAAGAAGCAACGGCUAUUAAAAUUCGAUGGUGUCCAGCAGUGCCUGCACUUACACCAAACCAACUGCACAAGAAUGUUACGUUAAAUCCAUCGCAAUUACUUGGUAAAGUAACUUACGCAGUUGAGAUUAGGGAAGGAUCUCAAUCAGAAUGGUGUAGAGUGGCAAGUGAUAUACCUUUUCUAUCCUACACUUGUCACUUACGACCUGGCAUCAGCUCUGCUAUACGUAUUGUUGCGAAAAAUAGAUAUGGCGAGUCCUGUCCCACUCCAAUGGCAAUAGUUCAACUCGAUCCUAAUUCAUUAGUUCCGGAUUUAUCACUAGAUCCUCCAUGGAUAGCAAUAAGCCACCCAGGAGAUAACAUCACAGUAAAGAAAAGUAAUAUUCGACUCCUAUGGAAACCUGCAUACAUGCCAGAGUUCUGUACCAGUUGUAUAAAAGGACUAAAACCUUUGUAUCGAGUUGAAUGGAGGCGUGGAUUAUCUGGACAUUGGGUUGAUUUGGCUUGUGGCAUUAGUGAAUGUGAGACGGGUUAUCCUCUCCCAAGAGAUCUUGUAGAAUCCUUGAUUAGAGAAACUCAUGUGGGAAAUGACUUGUCUUUUAACACUGCCAAUUCUAAUAGUUCCAUUGAAUUUCGGAUAUUUUCUUACAAUGAUUUCGGUGAAAGUGGUCCGACUAAAAGCUACAGAUUGAAAGCAUCUCAGAUAUCUAGAGGUCAAGACUGUCGAAAAAAUAGUCAGAUAUCAGAUAAAAUAAAUGACAGGGAUCAAUACGACCACCUAAGUCUUUUGGAUAAGCUGCCGAUUAUUUCAUCCAGUAAGAUACCAAGACGAGAGGUUCAAAUGAUGUCAGUCGAUCCCAAACUGGGUGUCACGCUCAAGUGGGAUCGUUGUACAAGUUCAGAUAUAAAUAAAAGUUCUGAUGAUCACUAUAACUUACUUGGUCGCUAUCGAAUUCAAUGUAAAACUUCAAAUGACGCUGACAGUAAUUCCUCACCUGAUAUGUCUAACUGGACAGUAGUUUGUAGAGAAGACGAUCUAAUUCAUGGUGAACAAUAUGUUCUUGAUGUGAAACCGGGUAAAACAGAACAGUUUGUUAGGAUUCUUAGUUUACAAGAAGAUAAAGAAGGCAAUUUAAAUUGGUUGGAUACCCAUGAAAUUCUUCGUAUACCAGCGUUACAUGAAAUCUGCCCUCCAGCACCAUUAGAUAUAGAGGUAAAAUUGACACCCCCAGUUGAAACAUCAGGUUCCGCAGGAGUUCGUGUCACCUGGAAACCUCCCAACUUUGAACUUCCAUUGAACGACAAUUAUUUAAGACAGAUUAAAAAUCAUGCUCAAAUCGACUAUAGAAUAGAAGCUCGUACAACCUUGAGUGACUUAGCACCUUGGAGACAGAUUGGUAUUGUAUCUGGAUUAUUAGGUAGUAUAGAUGACCAUAAAGCUGAACCCGGUUCACAACUUAUUUAUCGAAUAACACCUAUUAACCAAUUUGGUGAAGGUCCAAGUUCAAGUUCUUAUCCAAUCAAACUUCCACUUUUGUUAACAACUUUAGAAAGAUGUAUUGAAGAUUUUCGUUUUCUAAUACUUGGAUCAAAUACAAUUCAGUUGCGUUGGCGUUUAGGUGAUACAGUGAUUGAUGCAUUAGGAUUUCGGAGAAAUCCAAAUCAGUCAUACAAUAUGACAAGUCAUUUAGAUACAGAUGAAUCAGCUGAAAUAUGUGAACGUGUAAAAUUUUCAAUUGAAAGACGAGAUGGUUAUGCUGGUGAUUGGUAUCCUAUUAGAGAACAAAUCAAUGGAAAUCUUCAUAACAAAAUUAUACUAUCAAAUUUUGAAUAUUUAGAUAAAGAAAUUGCUUGUAGAAUAAUUGCAAAUGUGGAUGGUCAACAAACUAAACCUAGUCGACCUAUCAAUAUUAGUAUUAAGACAGACUUCUUAGUUCCAGAUUUCUCAGCUUUUAAACCACAUUUCAACGUUACAUCAGUUGAGGAAUAUUUGAUAUCAUGGGACGAUCCUGAUAUACAAUCAUUGUAUACAAGUCAUAUUUUGAAUUUAUCAAUACCACAAGUGUUACAAAAAGAUACUACUUAUGCAAUUCAAAUUCAACAUGAAGGUUCAAUUGAAUGGACAACAAUAGCUUCUAAUCUAGAUACAAACCAAUGGACAUGGAUCCAACCAAAUCCAUUGAUUGGUUAUCAUGUUCGUAUUCUACCGUCGAAUCAAUUCGGUUUUGGACAUCCAACUAGAAAUGUGUUAAUACCACCACAAGUUAUUAUCCCUGAUCUAACAUUUAUGCGACCAUCUGUUGAGUCACCGUCAGAUAUUUUAAUUGGUAGAGUUGCGCCAGAACUUGUAUGGCAAAUACCAAAAUCGUAUACUUUAGACAGGACAUUUACUCCAUACACAUUUGAAGUACAAAUUAAAGCUGUAGAGAAGUCAAUAAAUCGUGAAACUAAUGAUGUGGGCAAGAACUCUGAAAAAUCUAAAAGCACAAACAAUGAAAACAUAUGGAGAGUUCUUGCAUCUGGUUUAAAACGAAACCGUUUAUCACUGGAACAUUUAAAUCCCGAACAAGAAUAUUGGUUACGUAUAGUUGCUGUUACCGAAUAUGGUCGUGGUACACCAAGUCAACCUGUACGAAAAAUGGCUGAUUUAACUGCAAAACAUAGCCGAUGUGCAUCAGCAUCCGUCGGAGUGAUACAUGAGCCUACACCUACUUCACCAUCAUUUACUGAACCAGAAACAAAUGUGAUUUAUGCACCAAUUUAUGGUCAACUAGAAUUAAAAUGUACAUUUAGUCCUGUUAAUGCUGAAAAUCAAACACGUUUCAAUUGGUAUUUUGAUGGUAAAUUGUUAGAUACAAAUGUAAAUACUAUUUAUCCAACUUUAAAUCAGAAAUUCUAUAAUACAGUAUCCAAGUCUGGAGAUACAGCUGUAUUACAUUUGAAUGGGUUAAGUGAAAAUGAUUUUGGUUCAUACAUCUGUAAAGCAGUGCAUAUAUUGGGUACUAGUGAAAAAGAAUUUAUUGUAAAGAUGGCAGAUGCUCCUGUAUUUUUAGAAGUUCCUACUCCAUUGUUGACUGUGAAGUUACAUUCACGUUUUGAAUUGCCUUGUUACAUUGAUGCGUUACCACCUCCAACGAUAAUUUGGACUAGAGAUUCAAAAAGAAUUGUUGAAUCACAUCGUACAAAAAUUGGUAAAGCUGAAAAACAAUCAAUCAAUAAAACGCCUCGUAUGUCAAACUGUGAACUUAGUACAGAUGCAACGUUAUCAGUAGAAAAAUGUAUUUAUCAAGAUUCAGGCUUGUAUACGUUAAAAGCUGAAAAUAUAGCUGGUCGAAUAAUGACUAGUUGUUUGAUUCAUGUUGAAGAAAAUCCAACACCGACUAAAAUAACUUUGAGAUGGACAAAUAUUGAAAAGCAUUAUUUUGUAUUGAGACGACUUGAAAGUGAUUCAUUUUCAGAAACUCACCUAUUAAUUGAUAAAAAAACAAAUCGUGAAUAUAUUGGGAAAUUAUUUAAAUUAAAUAAUCCAAUCAGUCGUAUAAAUGGUGCACGUGAAAUGGAAUGUUUAACACGUUUAUGUCAUAAAAAUGUUUUGCAAUUAAUAGAUGCAUUUAUCAGUGAUAAUGUUCUUAUUUUAGUUUAUGAAAAAUUGUCCGGUUCAAAUCUACUUGAUUCAGUUCUGGCAUGUGAAAAUUGGUCAGAAAUGGGAACAGCAGCUGUUAUUCGUUCAAUACUGGAAGCAUUGGAGCAUAUUCAUAAUCAAGGAGUAGUUCAUUAUGAUAUUCAACCUGAAAAUCUACUUUUUGUAAAGAAAACAAUCGAUAACUAUGAUUGUGGAAAUUCAUCGGACAAUCCUGAUUUACUACGGGCUCUUGCUUCUCUAGUAACUGAUGUAGUGAGUCAAACAGAUCGUCAUAAAAUGAAUGUUUUCAGUAAUUUGCUCAAAGUUACAGGAUUUUCUACAGCACAAACGUAUAAUACUAAUUCCCAAAAUUGUGUAAUAUGUGUACCUCCAUUACGGUACAGACCGGAAUAUGUUUCUCCAGAAAUUUUAUUACUAAUACAACAAACUAAUGGAACAGUUCCUGGAACUAUUCACACUUAUUCUGAAAAUUUAGGUCCACCUUCAGAUAUAUGGAGUCUCGGAGUAUUAACGUAUAUCCUACUUGUCGGUUGGCCUCCUUUUAUUGAUUAUGAGACAGGUAGUAUUCUAACUGACAAUAUAUUACAAGCUAUUAUUCCAUUCGAUGUACCAGAAUUGGAAAAUAUUUCAAAUGAAGGCAAAGAUUUUAUUUCACAACUUUUACAAGCUGACCCUACAAAAAGACCUUCAGCUAAAGAAUGUUUAUCUCAUCCAUGGAUUCAAAUAUUUUCACAUUCUGAAAAUAAAUCAGAAUAUAUACUAAAAAAAUUGAAGAAAUAUAAAGAGUUCUAUAAUUCAAUACAACCAGUUUACAUUAUCAGUGAUGAGAAAAAUUAUAAUUCUGAUUUGAAAAAUCAUUUAGCUUCUAUGAUAAGGCAGCCAACUCCAAGUGAAGAUACAGAAAGUGUACUUUCUUCGCGAUCAUCAUCAAUUCUUGGUUUACGAGAAAGUUCCGAGCCAUACAGUGAAUCUCAAUCACAACUGCUUGAUCGAUAUGAGGCACAUGAUGAAAGAUUUAUAAUUCCACCAAACACCAAUAUUCCUACUGCAGACGACGCGUCGGAAAUAAUUGAGCAGAAAUUCAAUUUACAAAGACAAAAUACUCUUACAGAAGCUACUUCCUUAGAAGAAUCAACUUAUACAUUAAUAAAAGAACAAGAAAAAUCAUCAGUGAAUCCUGAUCAAGAAAAUCAACCCACUUCAGUAAAACGUAAUGAGAUUGGAAAUAAAUUUAGUGCUCCAGUGUUUGCUAGUCUACUUCGAGAUGCAUAUUUCAGCGUCCAUACAAGAGAAGUGAGAUUUACUUGUCAACUUGCUAGUGCUCCCUACCUUCCAGAGGGUAUUAGUGAUUAUGAAGAAAUUAUCAGUGAAAUAUAUCCAACCGGCUUGAAUUUUAAUAAAAUCACUAGUUCUUCGGCUGCUGCCGCAUGGUACUUAGAUGGUUGUUUACUCUCCGAUGGCCCAGGUGUUAGUUUAGGUGUAGAACAAGGAGGAUGGUUAUGGCUUUGUUUAAGUGAUCUUCGUCCGGAACAAGAUCGCAGUGUUAUUGAAUGCGUGGUAAGAAAUCGUGCUGGAAAAUCAAGAACAAAAGCACGACUUUUAUUUAGUGAUAUGCCGAAACCCCCUGGUCGACCAGGUCUUAUCGAUAUUCGUCCUACAGAAGCAUUGAUUAGUUGGCUAUCUUCAACAUCAGAUUCGAAUGAAGAUCUGAUUUAUCGCCUUGAUAUCAAAUAUUCAGAACGUGAUAAUGAACCACCUUCAUGGCAUCGACUUGGGUUCACCGUAGAUUGUCGAUAUCUUAUUAAUAAUCUUAAACCUGGUGUAUAUUAUCGUGUCCGUGUAUCCGCCAGAAAUUCAUUCGGUUGGGGCAAUUACAGCAUUGCAUCUUCUGAUUUCCGUACUCCUAUUGUUUCUAUGGAUCAGUCACCAACUAUUCUAUCGCCCAAUGAACGAACAUGGAUCUUCAACUGGCGUCAAUCAGCAAAUAUCUACGCAUUAAGCGAUCAUCCAAUAGCUUUACAAUAUGCAAUUGAUCAGCCAAUCAGUGUACCUCCACCACCAGACAAAAUUUUACAGAAACUCAAUCGAUAUAAUGGGAUAAUUCCAAGUUUAGAUGUAUUGAAAUCCAUAUGUAGACCAAUUUGUUUGAUAAAUAAAGGAACAUAUACAAAACUUAUUCUUGGAAAAACUCAUCCAAUGCUAAGUGAAGGAGUGAAUUUCAAUAAUGUUCGACAUCAAAGCAUAUCUCUCCCACCUAGAUUACUAAGCAAAAUCACAUAUCUUAACUUAGAAGAUAAUAAUCUAUUGAAAAAAGCCCGUCGUGAAGCAUUAAUGCUUACUAUUCUUCAUGGAUCUUGUGGUGGAACAUAUUCUUCAUUUGAAGAUUUUUAUAGUGAACAACAUAACUCAUAUCUUUAUACUAAUCAACGACAACUAUUACCAUCUGGUUGGUCAACUGGUUGGUUAGAAGAUGAUGCAGUUAAACCGACACGAAGUAUAUCAGUAAUGCAAUGGAUUCCUGGUGGACGUCUUAUUGAUGUUUUGUGCGGUCGAGUAGAAUAUACUGAAUUUUCUGUUAUGAUGUGGAGUCAACAAAUUCUUUCAGCGUUAAAAUGGUUCUACGCAUGCUUUUUAGGACAACCACAUGGAAAUAUUUGUCCGGAACAUAUACUUGUUGCACGACGGACAUCUUCGCUCCCAGAUAUUGUAUUGACUGGGUUCGGUCAUGAAUCUGUUUUAGAUGAAACCAACAACUACUUUUCAGCUCCCGAGUUAUGCAAGAAUCAGUCGAAAUCAAUGGCUUCAGAUUUGUGGAGUGUGGGAGCUGUCAUGAGACUAUUACUGACAGGUGAAAAUCCAAAUGAAAUUGAUGUUCAAAGAAAAAAUUCGACAUCUGAUGAAUCAAUAAAACAGCAAUAUGAUAAAACCAAGAUUAAACAAUCUAAUGAAUUGUCAUCUACAAUUAAUUCUGAAAAUACUUUACGAAAUCAUUUAAAUAUUAAAAAAUUGAAAAGGUUUUCCAAACCUGCAAGAAAAUUUAUAUACAAUUGUCUUAAUCCUUCACCAAGGAAACGUGGAACAGUUGAUUUUUGGCUUAAUUCUCAUUGGUUCAAUUUCAAUGCUGACAAUGUGAACAAUUUAACUUCAGUGAUCAUUCCCACAAAUUUACUAAGAUCAUGCAAACUUGUUCUAGAUCAAAAAACAAAUGUUGACGAAACAGAAGAACUACAGUUUCCUUGA